GUAACCAAAUAAGGUUGUAUUAAUUGUUUAAACUAUUCAUACUUCCGUAAAUAUUCUAUAACUUUUUAAAAUACUUCUGUCAGAAAUGAAGCAUUCAAGAUAUCCUCAAUCAGCCAAAAUCUAGAAAUGUAAUCAAAAUUUUAUGUUAAUUAAAUAAGAAACCAAAUAAAAAUCAUGAAGUGGUAAAAGCAAUGUAAUGAUGAACUGCCUUAAGGUAUUUAGAAGUGGUCUGAGGGUGGCUUGCCAGGUUCACCACCCAACCAACAUGGCCUUCAAAAGGUUCAAAAGAGUUUCGCCCUGCGACAUCUGCUUGAAUCAUCCAGAUAAAAAACCGUGCUUUGAUAUCCGCAACGUGUCAGUAGAGCUCGGCAACCAGUGCCACGCUAAGAUGAUCCGUUCGUUCCUGUACACGCACUACUGGCCUCGGGAGCCAAGCGUCGUCGCGCUCUGGAUGUCUCUCAACUGUCCCUACUUGGACAUCUUGACUGACAAGUACUCGCAUUCAGGUGAUCGUUUCCUCGCCUUCGAACGCAUACCACGCACAGGCGAGCGCAAGCUGGUGGGUGUGUGUGUGGCCAACCAGGUACAUCCUUGGAUGAUCGAUGAGCUGGAAGAAUGGGCGCACUAUACUGCCUCCCACCCUGAGAGGAACCGCAUGUACUUCUGUGCGCACUGCCUGAAGAGUCCUAACCUCUUUAGAAAGUACAAUGUGGACUACAUCUAUGAUAUUGAGGUCUUAGCCACGGCAGCGGAGGUGACCGGCCAGGGUGUAGCGACGCUGCUUCUACGCAACGCGCUUGCGCACGCGCACGAAUUAAGGCACACUCUCGCACAAGUGGUGGCUGUCAGCCAGUACAUCUCAAAAGUGUGCGAAAGGGCCGGUAUGAAGCGUGAUUGGGCGAUGAACUACGAUGAAUUUGUCGACGACUGCGGGCAGAGAGUGUUCUUUCCCAGGAGACCUCACCAAACUGCCGCCAUAUAUGUGAAGCACUUCGAUCCUAGAAAAGGAGCCGAAACACCAUGCAAACCGCCAUUCUUGUAAAAAUCAUUGUGUUUAAUGCCAUCUAUGGGCAUCGUCGUUAACUAUUUACACGUUUAUAACAAGCAAUGUCCAAUAUUGAUAAAUAAAAAAUCAUAAAAA